GUAAGGAAAUAAUUGCCUCAAAUUUUUUGCUCAACUUGACAGAUCUUUCUGGACUCUGCUUGCUCCCCUCUUAAUAUCAUCAACACAAAGAAAAUACCCUUUUUUUCUUCUAAUUUUCUUCUUAUUUUCCACAAUUGUUUUUCUAUUUUUUUCCACCAAUUUUUUGUUAGAAACCCAUGUCAGGUUUGUAUAAUCCCAACUUUUCUCCUGCAAGAACAGCCUCUCCACAGAUUAGAACUCAUGGAGAUGUUGAUAGUCAGUAUUUGUCUGAAUUAUUGGCAGAACAUCAAAAGCUCCAACCUUUUCUUCAAGUUCUUCCCAUAUGCACAAGACUCUUGAAUCAAGAAAUCAUGAGGGUUUCUGGUAUGGCAAACCAAGGGUUUACCGAACUCGAUAGGCUGCGACAUAGAAGUCCGAGCCCCAUGGCUUCACCAGAUCUUACUGGCUGGAAUGGUUUUCCACAAGAGAGGUUAAGUGUGCCCCAUGGCAUGACAAUGGACUGGCAAGGAGCUCCGGCUAGCCCUAGUUCCUUCACCGUCAAGAGAAUCUUGCGCUUUGAGAUUCCUGUUGAUUCCUAUCCCAAUUUUAACUUUGUAGGCCGGCUACUUGGACCGAGAGGCAAUUCACUAAAACGUAUAGAAGCUACAACGGGCUGUCGUGUGUACAUUCGAGGAAAAGGGUCAAUCAAGGAUCCUGAUAAGGAAGAAAAGCUACGGGGAAGACCGGGCUAUGAGCAUUUAAACGAGCCACUUCACAUCUUAAUCGAGGCUGAUUUACCUGCAAACAUUGUUGAUAUAAGGCUGAGGCAGGCACAUGAAAUUAUUCAAGAGUUACUCAAACCAGUGGAUGAAUCUGAAGAUUAUAUCAAAAGGCAGCAAUUACGAGAGCUAGCCAUGCUAAACUCAAAUUUCAGAGAAGAGAGUCCCGGGCCGAGUGGCAGUGUGUCACCAUUCAACACAAGUGGCAUGAAACGUGCUAAAACCGGUCGUUAAUCAGUAACCAUCAAAACAUGAAAUUUUCUGCAUGCACACAUGCCAUAUAUAUGUAUGUGAGGGACGUUCAAUACAAAACUAGUUUUAGUAGAGAACUGCAGGAACCGCAUAAACAACUGUACAUGUUAGUUUAACUGUGAUAUAUAAGACGGUUAUGAAACUGCAUAACUGUCUCUCUCUCUUUCUCUCUCCCGCUAUCUCCGGUCAUCACAAUGUAUAAGAGCUUAUUCAGUUCUCGCAGUUCUUUACCUUAAAUCGGUUAUGUAUUGAAUGCACCUUGUUAUAUAUACAUAUAUGUGUAUGUAUAUACACACAUAUAUGAAUAUGUGUACAUGUAUCUAUAUAUACAUAUUUUUAUGUAUAUAUAGGACGUGUUCGAUACAUCAACAAUUAUAAGUAGAGAACUGCGAGAACCUAAUAUACAUUUGUACAUAGUGCAUGGACGAUAAUCAACUUAGUGGAAAAGAGAGGGAGGCGGUUAAAAAUCCGUUAUCACAUUUAAAAUAAUAGGUAUUAGUGUCCGUGAUUCUUGCAGUUCUAUGCUAAAAUUGGUUAUGUAUUAAGUAUCCCUAUAUAUGUAUGUAUGUAUUUUUUAUGUAAAUUGAAAUGAAAUGUAUAGGUUGACUCUUUUGACCAAAGAGUUUGUUUUUUAAAUUUGUAUGUUUUUUAUUUUGUUUGUAAAGAUAAAUAGAAUGAUAGGAAGAUGGAGUAUAAAGUGUAGAGUAAGGAAUGAUUCAUUAUUCUUGUUUGUUGGGUUAUGCAUUUGUAAAAUAAGAUUCAUUUGAUUUAUUCA